UCGAAAGUGUGAAGACUUGUGGAGUUGUUGUAUGUUUUGAUUAAAAGCAUGCCUUACGCUAACCAGCCUAGUGUGCGAAUCACCGAACUAACAGAUGAAAAUGUCAAAUUUGUUGUUGAAAAUACAGAUUUAAGUAUUGCAAAUAGUCUUAGAAGAAUAUUCAUUGCCGAAACACCAACAAUAGCAAUAGAUUGGGUUCAAAUAGAAAAUAACACAUCAGUCCUUCAUGAUGAGUUCAUUGCUCAUAGACUUGGUCUGAUCCCUAUAACCAGUGAUGAAGUGGUAGAAAGAAUGAGCUUUUCCAGGGACUGUACUUGUGAUGAGUUCUGUCAAGACUGCUCUGUAGAGUUUACAUUAGAUGUAAAAUGUACAGAUGAACAAACAAGACACGUUACUACCAGAGACCUCAUGUCCUCAGAUCCUAGAGCAAUCCCAAUAACAUCAAGACACAAAGAGGAUGACACUAGUGAAUAUGGGGAACAAGAUGAUAUUCUAAUAGUUAAGCUAAGAAAGGGACAAGAACUCAAACUGAGGGCAUUUGCUAAAAAGGGUUUUGCUAAAGAACAUGCGAAAUGGAACCCAACAGCUGGUGUGGCUUUUGAAUAUGACCCUGACAAUGCUCUUAGACAUACCACAUUCCCACGACCAGAAGAAUGGCCCAAGAGUGAAUACACACAGCUUGAAGAUGACCAGUACCAAGCACCAUUUGACCCUAAUGGUAAACCAGACAAGUUUUAUUACAAUGUGGAAAGUUGUGGAUCAUUGAGACCAGAGAAUAUUGUAUUAUCAGGACUUGCUGUAUUCAAGAGAAAGCUGAGUGAUUUGCAAACACAACAUAGCCAUGAAGUUGCUGCUGAUGUGUUGACAAUUUAACUAAGAAGAAACMUCCAAAACCAGUAAACUCUGUGUACUGGUAACUAAAAUACAGAUUCUGCAGAAACAUAAUUAUUACUAAACAUUUUGAGUACAAUAAGCAGUGCUGAAUGGAAACACUAAAAAAAGCAGCAAAUAAUUUGUCUCUCCUACCCUCAGGGGAUAAUAUUAUUAUGUAUGCCUCCCCCUGUCAAAUAACAUAGGACAUACUAGAUGUAAAUAAAMCAAUUGAAAGCAAAACUGUAGUUCAAUAAACAUAUUUCACUUUU